CACGUUUUCGGGGACCAGGACGAUCGCCAUACAUCAAGAUGGAGGACACCCAGCGCGCCCUCGAGAUUUGAAUAUCUAACUGUCUGACACGCCAUCACACUACCUAGACCAAGCAUAACUAUCGUCUUCGAUUUCUCCUCUAGCUUCUACGCACUCCACCCCUCCGCACCGCGCAACACGGGCACCGGCAGAGCAUAGCAUCAUAGGAACCAUGCUUCCCAGAUCCCUGAAACCGAGGGGAAAGCUCCAAGUCCCUUGGACACGUCCAGCCAUGGCGAUGCAAUACCCCGCAAGCCGACGCUUCAUGGCGCACGUCUCUAACAUCGAAGCCAUCCCUACCGAAGACGACAAACCCUUCACAGUGCCCAUCCCAGACGACAGCUUCGAAACCUACCAACUCGACCCACCCCCCUACAGCGUGGAAACCACCAAACGCCAACUGAAGCAAGUAUACCAAGACAUGACAACAAUAAGACGGCUGGAACUAACAGCCGACAAAUUAUACAAAGAGCGCAAAGUGCGAGGGUUUUGCCACCUCUCGACCGGCCAAGAGGCCGUGGCAGUGGGGAUCGAACAUGCCAUCACGCCCGACGAUAAGCUCAUUACCGCGUACCGCGCCCACGGGUUCACUCUGAUGCGGGGCGGCACCGUCCGAUCGAUUCUAGGGGAGCUGCUGGGGCGGCGAGAUGGGAUCGGACAUGGCAAGGGCGGCUCGGUGCAUAUGUAUCGGAAGAAUUUCUUUGGGGGGAAUGGCAUUGUGGGGGCCAAUGUGCCGCUUGGGGCGGGGAUAGCGUUCGCGCAGCAGUAUGGGGAGACGCAGAAGGUCACGGUCAAUCUUUAUGGGGAUGGCGCGGCGAAUCAGGGCCAGGUGCAUGAGACUUAUAAUUUGGCUAAGUUGUGGGAGUUGCCGGUGUUGUUUGGGUGUGAGAAUAAUAAAUACGGCAUGGGCACGUCCGUCGAGCGCGCCUCCGCGAUGACAGAGUACUACAAGCACGGAUACUACAUCCCGGGGCUACGCAUCAACGCGAUGGACGUCCUGGCCGUGAUGUCCGCAGUGCGGUACGGAAAGCAAUACAUCUUAUCUGGCCGCGGCCCCUUGCUCUACGAGUUCCAGACAUACCGCUUCGCUGGGCAUUCCGUAUCCGACCCUGGAACCGCCUACCGAACCAAAGAGGAGGUGCAGGCCGAGCGCGCUAACGACCCGAUCAUCAACUACAGGGAGAAGUUGAUCGAUUGGGGCGUAUUUACGGAGGAUGAGGCGAAGGCUAUGGAUAAGGAUGUCCGAGCCUUUGUUGAUCGAGAGGCACAGGAGGCUGAAAAUAUGCCGGCCCCGGAAACCAGUCUGGAUGUCUUGUUUGAGGAUACGUAUGUGCGUGGUAGUGAGCCUCCGCAGCGGCGUGGGAGAACCGUUGAUGAGUCUUAUUACCGGGGUUGAGUGGGAGCCACUAAAGGUUAAGGUCUGCUUUUUCUCAUAGUGAGCUCAUUGCAUGUGCUUUGGAUGGGGUAGACUGUUGUACUUCGAAUGAACGUCAUUAUGAUUUGAAUGAUUGGGGUGGUUAUAAAGGAUAUGAAGGGCCUCGAAGCUAUCGUCACGAUAAGGUAGUCACCUCUGACAAAAGUCGACAGUUAGGACAUACGUCAAAAUGGAAUUUCAGAGCCU